AUGCCAAUUUACUUAUUUCUCACCUAUUUGCUUAUUGGCAUGAGUAGUAUCUGUAAAAAUGCAUUCGCAUUAACGACAAUCGCACAACUUCGAAGUCAGCGAUCUCAUGGAGAAGAGGAGUGCUUUAUGCAAAAAUUGUGUAAUUAUGAGGAAAUGAACGUCGAGCCAAUUUGUGGCAGUGAUGGAAGGACAUAUAAUUCAUAUUGUGAAGUGAAACGUGCCAUCUGUCAUGGUAACCCGGUGAAAAAACAAUUCUCGGGACCCUGUCCCGAAAAUUUACGAUGUCAAUUGGAACGAAGUUAUCAGCUGAAAUUAGCAGCGGAAAAAAUGAAUAGCAGUGAAGUUUACGUACCGGAAUGUAAUGCUACCGAUGGUUCGUAUGCUACAAUACAGUGUCAUAGAAGCACGGGUUAUUGUUGGUGUGUGACACGGAUCGGACGACCGUUACCAAGCACAUCUAAACGAUAUGGCAUUCCCAAUUGUCAUAUUUUACAAAAGAUAAAAAUUGGACGACGUUCGCAUCGAAAAAGUAACGGUGAUGCUUUAUCCUUAAAUGAUACGAAUGGUGAAGCAAUACAUUCAUUUGAUAAAAAGAUAUUGCUAUGGAAAUUUGGUCAACUUGAUAAUGACAAGAAUAGUCGGUUAAAUUCGAAAGAAUUCGGUGGUUUACGCCGUCUUGUUCGAAAGCAUGUUACACCGAAAACUUGCGCAAAAAAAUUUACAAAAUAUUGUGAUUUAAAUAAGGAUGGUGAAAUAAGCGCUCGUGAAUGGAUUACUUGUUUAGGUAUUGAUAUUUCCAAUGAAGAAAAUAAGUAUGAAGAGGAUUGA